CACUCGUUGCUUCCCAUCGGCCGUAUUGUAUGUCUAUGGAUUAUCAAGGGAAUUCUCUUAGAGAUUUUCUUAAAAACAAUGGUCAUGUGGUGCUUCAAAGAGUUAACAACUAUAAUUUGAGAUCUUUCACAGAAAAAGAGAGAGAACACAUUAUCAACGGAUAUAGCACGUUGCUGGGAAAGGGGGCAUUUGGUGAGGUUUACAAAGGGGCAUUAGAUGUUCAAUGUCUAGUGGCAGUAAAAAAAUACAAAGAUGGAACGAGGAAAGAAGACUUUGCCAAAGAGGUGAUAGUGCACUCUCAAAUAAACCACAAGAAUGUGGUGAGGCUUUUGGGUUGCUGCACCGAGGAAAAUACUCUGACUAUUGUUAUGGAGUUUAUUUGCAAUGGAAAUCUUAACAACAUCCUUCACUGCAGCAAUGCUAAUGGCAAUGUUCCACUCCCUUUGGAUAAGCGUUUGGACAUCACCAUUGAGUUAGCUGAAGUACUGUCAUGCAUGCAUUCAAUGUCUAGUCCUGUUCUUCAUGGGGACAUCAAACCUGCUAAUGUACUACUAGAUGAAAAUCUUGUGCCGAAGCUAUCAGAUUUUGGAAUAGCAAGGUUUCUUUCUACUAAUGAGGUCCAGCAAACCAGAAAUAUUGCUGGUUCCAUAGGUUACCUGGAUCCUUUGUUCAAUCAGACAGGACUUCUAACUCCUAAGAGUGAUGUAUAUAGCUUUGGAGUUGUUUUAGUGGAGAUGAUCACCAGAAAGAAAGUGGUAGAUGGGAAUACUAACCUUAUUCAAAAUUUCACCAACUCCCUCAAAAGAGAGAAAGUGGUGAGACAAAUGUUUGAUGAUGAAAUUGUGGAUGGAAAAAAGAAGAUAAAGGUUCUUGAAGAUAUUGCAAAGCUGGCAGCUGAAUGCUUGAGAUUGCAGGACAGACUGCAUCCAGAAAUGGUUGGCUUUCUCUCCCUCCUUUUCCUCCACUCUCCCGUUAACGAGAUCGAGUGCCAGCUCUGAUGAGGGAUGGAGAGAGGCCUCCACUAUCGUUCUGGACAGAGGCAUCCCAGAGGAAUGGUUGCUAUUAA